AUGGCGAAAUUUAAGCACGGGGGGUUCCGAGCCGCAACAGUGAUCCUAUUCAACUCCCACGGUGGUAAUGUCGUUCUCGACGACCUCCACCAGCUGCGAGACAGUGCUGAAAAGUUAUUCAAGCACAGGUGGAGUUCCAACCCCAACACUAUUCGUAUCUACCGAUCUCACCCACCGGCCAGAGCUAACGACAUGCCUGGAAGCGGCGAUUCCCAUCUUCCGCAAGGUCGACAACGGUCGACACCGUCAUAG